AUGUCGACGCCACAGGCCGUCGUUCGCAGCAGCCGCACGGCGAACGCCAACCCCACCGUUGCGGCCGUUCACACUCGCGCUCUGGCUCUCACUCUGGCUCACGUAGUCGGCAAUUCGAUCAGUCUCGAGGAGAUGCUGUUGGAGGCCACGACGGACGACGACCAUGAUCGCUUCCUCGACAGCGCACCCGCCGCUCUCGCUCGUCCUCACGCUCAGUCGCUCUCGCUCGUCCCCACGCUCUGUCGCUCUCGCAUCACCCGUCGCAGCACAUGGUCAUCCCGCACACGCGUCAUCCAUCUCGGCGUGCCGCCCAACCAUGUGCAUUCACGCUCUCUCGCGUCGUCCUCGCUCUCCUUCCACCCUUUGCGACAACAGCUGCACCUGUCUGCGUUCGGCCCGGGAGUCUCGCCUCCGGGCAGCUCUGGCGUCUCGCCUAUUCCUGGACACAGCGCGGGCGGAAAUCGGGUGGGUGCCUCGGGGCCGCUUCCUGCGCCUGGCCAGGUGCAUACGUAUCAGAGGCGUAUCUUUGCGCCGCCGGUGACUAGUGUCCCUGUGAAAAAGAGCAAGUUAGGGAGCUCACAGAGCCUAGGCGCGAAUGGGACGGUUCUGACCCUCGGUCCCAUGGGAAGGUUGAUCGCGGCCCCGUCGACUAUCCAGGGUGGGGGCUAUCCGCCAACGAACGCCCAGGGUCAACGCAUCUGCAGGCAGUGCGGGCUUCCCAGGCGGUAUAAGGAAGGCAAGUGUGUCGAGAAGUGGGGCCCAGGGCCCGAAGGUUUAGGAACAGUAUGCGACCGCUGCCGCAAGAAAAUGAAGCGGCAGCCAGCAGCCAUUCAUCCGUCUUCGCACCAUCAAAACUCGCUCAACGGCCGUCCCGGUCCAGACCUCUUCGCCCGCUUUGGCCCCAACGGCACUGUACUGUCGUCUCCGCCCUAUGGAUGCCAUGAGCGCGAAGGCGAUGAGCAGCAGCGGCCGAUUCCCUCGCCUCAUGCGCAGUCUGCGCGCACCGGCUCGCAGCGCUUGCCGCCGACGCCGCCGUACAUUGCAACUCUACCCGGGUCGUCGGUCAACGACGACGACGACGUAUUUGAGAUCAUGACCGAGGGGCGCUCGUGCCCAGUCUCCAGUGGGGCAUCUGAAGGCUUCGUCUGGUGGGCCACGCAUGAACGGCAACGCGGCCAUAUCUUCUGCUCGAGGCUCGCCUCGCGACUCGGACGUGUCUCGUCACAGCGCUAG